AUGGAAGCAGAGAGCCAGUACUGCGCCGGCCGGCACGCUCGAUGGACGUGUGUGGGACGCUCUUGCCCAACUUCUCCGUGACGCUACGAGUACAAAAACUUGUUUUCUAAAACCACAUCAUCUAAUUGUUGAUGUUGCAAAUUUAUCAGUUGAUCAACUGUAGUUAGAAUAAAGUGCUUAAUUGAUUGAUGGACAUAGUGAUUGUUUAUUUUUUGUGAAACUGCAACGUGUUUGGUUCAACGGACUACGGAGGAGUGUUAUCGGCCAUGUCUUCGGACUAAAAUAUAAACUUAAAUAUUGGUGUAGUGUUAGUGAAAUAUACAAUGUAUCAGCCUAGUGUACGGACUGUGGGUGCAUUAGCCGUCGUGGUUCGGUGGUUCUUGUACCUGGUCAUUGGACUGGGGUGGCAGGUUCAAUCUCAGACAGUGCAACAGACGGCCGUUGUGGACAACUCAUACAACCUUUACUACGAACAACCAUGUUGCUCUGGACCUAUAUCUAAGAGUAAAUACCACAUGCGACAUAGAAGAGAUCAUGUUCGGGAGUUUUCUUGUGGCACUCUCUACUACAGAACGUUUUUCUUGGACUCCAAACGAGAUGCCCUUUACGUCGGUGCCAUGGACCGGCUGUUUCGGCUCAACAUGAAUAAUAUCAGCGCGUCGCAUUGUGAGAGAGAUUCCAUAAACCUGGAGCCGAGCAACGUCGCGCAAUGUGUUUCGAAAGGCAAAUCAGAGCAUUUCGACUGCCGCAACCAUAUCCGCGUGAUCCAGCCAAUGGCAGACGGCGGACGUCUGUAUGUGUGUGGCACCAACGCACACAGCCCUAAGGACUGGGUCUUAUAUUCGAACCUGACGCACCUGCCUCGCCACGAGUACGUGCCCGGCAUCGGCAUGGGCGUCGCGAAAUGCCCGUACGACCCGGCAGACAACUCGACAGCCCUGUGGGUAGAAAGAGGCAACCCUGGAAGCCUCCCCGCGCUGUACUCGGGAACUAAUGCGGAAUUCACCAAGGCUGAUACAGUCAUAUUUAGAACUGACCUCCAUAAUUUGACCACUGGGCGUAGAGAGUUCGCGUUUAAAAGAACGCUGAAGUACGACUCCAAGUGGCUCGAUAAACCAAACUUCGUGGGUUCCUUCGAUGUGGGCGAGUACGUGCUAUUCUUCUUCCGUGAGACUGCAGUGGAAUACAUCAAUUGUGGCAAGGCUGUGUACUCAAGGGUGGCCCGGGUGUGCAAGAGGGACACGGGGGGGAAGAACAUCCUCAGCCAGAAUUGGGCAACCUACCUCAAGGCCAGGCUCAACUGCAGCAUCCCGGGGGAAUUCCCGUUCUACUUCAAUGAAAUACAGAGCAUCUACAAAGUCCCGGGAGACGACAGCCGCUUCUAUGGUGUCUUUACCACCGCUUCCACUGGCCUGAUGGGGUCAGCCAUUUGUACCUUUACCAUCGGGGACAUUCAGAAGGCGUUCGAAGGGAAAUUCAAGGAGCAAGCCACUUCAAGCUCUGCCUGGCUGCCCGUCAUCAGUAGUAGGGUCCCUGAGCCCAGGCCAGGGACCUGCGUCAAUGAUACUGCGUCUUUGCCGGACACUGUUCUGAAUUUUAUAAGGUCCCACCCACUGAUGGACAGCGCAGUGUCCCACGAGAACGAAAAGCCGAUAUAUUACAAGCGGGACCUGUUCUUCACGAGGCUGGUCGUGGACCGCGUCAAGGUGGACAUGCAAGGGCAUCAGCUCGAUUACACUGUCUACUAUGCUGGUACCAAUGAGGGCAAAAUCCACAAGAUAGUACAGUGGAACCGGAACGGCGACAGCCAAUCAGCUUUGCUCGACAUCUUCGACGUCACUCCGGGAGAACCAAUCCAGGCAAUGGCGCUGUCACGUGCCCAUGGCUCCUUAUACGCAGCGUCAGACAGAAGAGUAUUGCAAUUGCGCCUAGCGUUGUGUGCAAGAAGAUACGACGCAUGCGUGCGUUGCGCACGCGACCCCUACUGUGGCUGGGACCGCGAGGCCGGAGUCUGCAAGGAGUACAUGCCUGGGUUAAUCCAAGACGUGGUGAACGAGACGGUAGACAUCUGCGACUCCUCCAUCGCUCGCAAGGCGGUCUCGGCGACCUGGGGGCAGAGCCUCCACCUGGGGAGCUUCGUCAAGAUGCCUGAGGUGCUUCAUCCGAGAGCUGUCACGUGGUACCACUAUUCCAGGGACAAGGGGAAACAUCCAAUCACAUUCAAUAAACCAGAGAAAUACAUCGAAACGUCGGAACACGGGCUCCUCAUAAUAUCUGUCAACGAAGGAGAUGCGGGGAGAUAUGAUUGCUUCCUGGGGGGUUCCUUACUAUGCUCCUACAACAUCACAGUAGAUACCCACAGAUGUACGCCCCCAGAGAAAAGUAAUGAAUAUCAGAAAAUUUACUCCAAUUGGUGCCACGAAUUUGAAAAGUAUAAAAGUGCAAUGAAAACAUGGGAAAGGAAACAGGAGCAAUGCUCCAGGCAGAACGACUCAAAUCAGAAUUCCCACCCAAAUGAGAUCGUGUGAUAGCUUCUAAACAUCGCCUAUCUCAUGUUUCAGUCGGUUAACUAUUACGCCGGGGUUAUUCCGAUACCGUACGUAUCGGCUGGCCUCAAGUAUUUCAACAUAUUCUCGUGAGAAUCCGUCAGUAACCUUCCGCUCCAAACUCAGUGAUGUAGCCACUCCAUAUAAUGACAAGCUCAAGUUAUAGUGUAACUGCUAAGUGACUCCCUCUAGCGUUAAAAAUAAGUGUAGUGAAAAAUUACUAUGCAACAGUACAUCGUUCCAAACACAUCACGGACAUGAGAAGGUGAUUAUUAGACACUCUAAAUUUUAUGGACAUUUUAUUAAAAUAUAAACGGAAGAAAAUAUGAGCGUUGUGCGUUGCUUGUUGGAUAUGGAAUGUAAAAAGAAUAGGAAUCUUUUUCAAGUUGUAAGUACGCUUUGUUCGUUGGUUAAGGGAAUAGGAAAUUGUUAGAAUUAUUGAAUGGAAUAAAUUUUUAUAAUGAAAUUAAAGGAAGCAAUCAUUGUAACAUUGCUAUGGAAUAUUUUUUAGGUAUUAUACUUUAUGUAUGGCGAAUUUCAUUGACACUAGGUAUUGCAUUUAUUGGUUUUAAUUUAAAAAAAUAAGUUGUCUUUAUUUUUAUUUGUAGUUUGAACGUAAGAAAAUCUUGAUGUUGAUAGAAGUAUUGUUAAAGGAUCAAGAUGUUUCGCGUGUAGUUGAGCACUAAUGAGUCUAUAGAUACGUAUUGCCGUGUUGCCAUACCACGGCAGUAAUUUGAAAUCUCCGAGGGUUGUGGGAGGGUUCGCCUCAUUAUUUUUCCCCUAUUUGUGUAAAUAGUUACCUAAUUUCGUUCAACUGUACCUACUAAUGUAAGUGUACGUAUAGGAUGCACGUCCCUAAUGGUAAAAAUAUAAUUUAAGCCUGUGAUAUAUAAGAAACUUGUUUAGGAAAUUUAAGUCCGGAGUUGUUUUAUUAUAAAAUGUACUGAAAAACUUUUUUACACUGCACCUUGCCAUUUUAUAGUCGUGUGACUCUUGCCAUUAAAUAAAAAUAAAUUAGUUCAUACACACAUUACUUACAGUCGUAUUACUGUAGAAUUGAAAUGGUUAAUGGCCUAAGUUAUAAUGUACUGGCAGUAAUCAAACUCGUAUGAAACUGGAACAAAGUGAUAACUCAUGGAAUAAAUAAACUUUAUCGCUUCGUUGAAUUUUAAACGCGUUUGUUUACUAGGUAUGUUAAUAGACAUGCAAAUUCUGGGACGAUAACUAAUUGUAUCAUAAUUUACUAUUACCAAUAAAUAUACAUAUUUUUUAUUUUACUUCAACGUAUUAUAGAAAAAUUGAACAUUUAUUUAUUACCGUAACUCGUAUUCUGCAUAAAAUACUCCGAGCGAGUUAUUGAACGCUGUGGUCUCAAUGACAGCUCUCAUACAAAUACACGCCUCGCGCUUAUUUCCUAACACGCUUGGUGCGAAUACGUGUGCCUGGUUUCUUGACUCAGGAGAGCAUUACCUUGGGUAACUUACCACACUUUCUAUAUUGUCCCAGAAUCUUCCCAAUAUAAGUACAGAAUUGUCUUAUUAUAUUCCAUACAAUUUUGACAUAUUCUUUUUGUAGUACUGAAAGAAUUAGAAAGAUCUCGAAAUAAUACUCUAGCUAUUUAUUAGCAACAAAAGUAGACGGUGUAAUAGACAUAAUCUCUGCAUAUUUUUGUACAAAUCAAUAUUGUCAUUUUAAUAGGAGAAUAGUGAAUAAACUAAUACUUUUCACGUAUCAUUCGAGUAGAAUCUUGGUAAUUUUAUUAAAUUUUCAUAUCAUGACAUUGUACCUAAGUGCUUGUACAUAUAUUUAUGUAUCAGCCAUCUGAUUCCAUGAAACCUAUUUAUAUGUAGCGAUUGAAUACAAAUUUGAAAUCGAAUUUUAUAAAAGAAUAAUAUUUUUUCUAGGAACGUAUUGAAUUUCCGUACUUGCCAUAUUUUAUUGUGUCUGGAUAUAAUACAUUAGGGCAUUUAUAAUGAUGACUGCAUUUAAUUUACUGAAAGUAUUUUUUUCUGGCCAUCAUUUCUAUAGAUAUUCAUUGUAAAAAUCCCAAAACUUUGACCUAAAUAGUAUAAUAAAGUAUUAGGUAUAAAUACAAUGCUCUUCUCCGAUAUGUUAGCAUAAUACCUCCACCUAUAACACCAAAACAUUAAUUUGUUAUACAAAUAUUAAUAGCAUAUAGGUGCUUGUAAUUUUUUUUUCAUUUGCAACUAUAUGUGUUUCAAACAUUUUUCAUAUCACUAUGUAAAUAUGAAAUCGAAAUAGAUAUAAACGUAAGAAAUAUCUGAGCUUCAUCAUUUAUUAUGUAUAAGCUAAGAUUUGGUACUUAAGUAUUUUAGCAUAAUAACAUAAGGACUUCCCUUAUCUCGGGGUGUCUUGCGCAAUAACUAUAUAUCUAAUUAUUAUGUCUGUACUAAUCGAAUAGAUCUGUAAAUUCCACAUGUUACUAUAAUAAGUUAAAUUCAGAUGUAGCGUUAAGAUUUUAUAUAAUAAAUCUAUGAAAUGUACCUUUCA